GGGACAUAACUCAGGGGGCGGAAGUGUUGAACAGGUGGUUGUUUACAUCCUAGAGAUAUUCACAGUGACAGACGGAUGCCUGCUGACAGAAGAUUGUUCCGAUUUGGUGAUGGGUGACUGGCUGGUGAAUGAGGGGCCUAAAUGGUUUAUUGUGGGAGUCUGGCUGAUCAUCAACGUGGGGAUCUUCGCCGGGACAUUUGUCAGCUAUCAGCAGAGCCUGGACUACUUCUACCUUCGUCUGCUGGUCGGGGAUGCCUUGUGCUGGGCGCGGGCAAGUGCGGCAUGCUUGAACUUCAACUGUCUUCUCAUCCUCCUACCUGUCUGCAGGAAUCUCAUCUCAUCCAUUCGAGCAGCAUGUUCCUGCUGUCACCGGAAUGCUCGGCGUCAGCUGGACAAGAAUCUCACAUAUCACCGUUACCUUGGUUACAUGAUCUGCCUAAUGACAGCUAUCCACAUCGUGGCACACUGUUUUGACUUUGAAUACCUUGUUGGAGCCUACGACAGCCCGGACCCUGCAGUGCAGGCCAUCACUCAUCUCUCCGUAUCAACAAACGGCAGCUACGUCAACCCUAUCCGGAGACCCGGCACCGACCCCACUCAAGAGGUGUUCAAGACGGUGGCAGGCGUGUCAGGCGUGGUGAUCACGCUGUGUCUCAUACUUAUUGUCACAUCUUCAACGGAUGUGGUCAGACGUUCCUAUUUUGAAGUCUUUUGGUUCACACAUCACCUGUUUGUAAUAUUCUACAUCGGCCUUGUUGUCCAUGGAUUACAGGGAAUAAUCCGGGGCCAGACCAACACAGCCAUCCAUGAUCCUGCCAAGUGUUACAAGAGGUAUGACAAGUGGGGCAGUGGGGAGUGCCCCAUUCCACAGUUUUCAGGCUCACCACCAAAGACCUGGAUAUGGGUGUUGGCUCCUGUUGUGCUGUACAUCAUAGAGAGGGUUAUACGCUUUUGUCGUAGUUUGAAGACUGUUGUUAUAACAAAGGUCGUGAAACAUCAGUCCAAUGUGUUUGAGCUACAGAUGAUGAAGAAAGGCUUCUCCGCGCUUCCGGGGCAGUAUGUGUUCCUGCAGUGCUCGUCCAUCUCCCGGCUGGAGUGGCACCCCUUCACCCUCACUUCCUCUCCAAACGAAGACUUCCUGUCCGUGCACGUCCGAAGUGUAGGGGACUGGACGGAGAAGCUGGCCAAAGCCUGCCAUGUUGAUGAGGGGGAGUUCCAGGAGGCGUGGAAGAUGCCCAGGUUAGCUGUGGAUGGCCCCUUUGGAACUGCCACGGAGGACUUUUUCCGCUAUGAGGUGGCAGUGCUGAUCGGUGCAGGGAUAGGAGUCACACCAUUUGCAGCUGUUUUGAAGAAUAUAUGGUACAAGUACUGUGAUGUCAACACAGAGAUGUCGCUGAAAAAGGUGCACUUCUUCUGGGUGUGUCCCGACACUCACGCCUUCGAGUGGUUCCAGGAUCUCCUCAAAUCUAUAGAGCAGCAGACGUACGAACGUGGCAAUGCCAACUUCCUGUCUCACAACAUCUACCUGACCCGAGGCUGGGACUCGAACCAGGCGAAGAACAUUAUGAUCCAUGAUGACGACAAUGGCCUUGACCCUGUGACAGGACUGAGUCAGAAGACUCAUUAUGGCCGCCCCCAAUGGGACCGGGUAUUCGCAUCUCUAGCACAGCAACAUCCUGGGGUGAGCGUGGGAGUGUUCUUCUGUGGACCGAAGGAACUAUCUACACAGCUUCACAAGCUCUGCAAUAAAUACUCUUCUGACAACAAUGGAACAAGAUUCUUCUAUAACAAGGAAAACUUCUAAUAACCCCCAUCACAAGUGGCCUCGUACUGUGCGAUUUAUUCCAUAAAAGUAUGAAAUGUUUAAAAUGACUCAUGAUGACAUGCAUUGUUUAUUUUUACACUUUUUAUACUCACGCUCAACCUUGUAGUUAUUUUAUGUUCUGUGUAUGUCAUAUGUCUGUAACUUGUUAUUUUUAAAUUGAUGUCAAAACGUUUAUUAUCCAAAAAUAUUUUUAAUAUACAAUGAAACCUUGUCAGUCUGGACACCCCUCUUUCUGGGCGAUUACUGGUAUUACCGUUAGGAAUGAGGAUAGGUCAGAAUCUCCCAAAACCAGUGUGAGACCAAGUCUCGAGUCCGAAAGAGAUUAAGAUUUUACAAGAAGAUUUUUCUGUCAAGGUUGAGGGUCGGACUUGUAUGGUUCAAUCAGCUGGACUGAUUCAAGUGGCAGUUCAGUGUGGAAGCUUUAAUAUUAGUACCAUUAUGGAAAAUACUGUACUAAAUAGUUUUUUGGUGAAUGUUUACUGCUGAAUCUAGGACAUCCUGGGUAUCAGUCUACAUUGUAAACACAUCGUCUAUUGAUGAGGGGGGCGGUCGGGUAGCAUAGUGGUCAAAGCGAUCGCGUGUCACGCCGAGGACCCGGGUUCGAUUCCUGACAUGGGUACAAUGUGUGAAGCCCAUUUCUGGUGUCCCCUGCCGUGAUAUUGCUGGAAUAUUGCUAAAAGCGACUGAUAGUCAGAGUCUAGAUUAGACAGAUUCCACUGUAUACAAUGGACAUUACUCUGUACCAAUAAUGCACUAGUACAUGAAUUCGUUCCUUCAGUGAGAACGGUAUGGUACAGAUUACAGUGUUACACUGUAGGGCUGUCUAUUUCAAUUUUGUUUACAACAAAGGUGCCAACAUAUCCUCCUAAUGUCAGUCAUGUCAAAAGUUGCCACUUCUGUGUCUGAGUCAUGAAGAACUGUGAUAUGCUUUGACUGGCAAGACUGUAGAUAUUCAGUAUAGGAUCCAGUCAAUGUUGCUCUCAGGAUGAAGCUUGUUCACAAUCUUUACACUACAACUGUCUAGGGGAGC